AUGGGGGUUCCAGACGAUCAACAGGCUCCAACGAAGACUAUGCCGGAAGACCCCUCGGGUCAAGGGGAAACUUCCCCCAGGAACACGAGGGAUUCCGUAUCAAGUUCAUCCGCGCCAUCUGUCGAUUUGGCUGAAAAACCGCCUGUCGAACAAGAAACAAAUUUCACCACCACGGACACCUCGGUAAAGGAGACGGGGAAGGAGGAACAGAUCGAAGUUGAAGACGAGACCGAGGACAGGAGCAACUAUCCCCACGGGCUGAAGCUGGUGACCCUGAUUGUCGCCCUUUGCCUCGCCGUCUUCCUCGUCGCGCUCGAUCAGACCAUCAUUGCCACAGCGAUUCCUAAGAUCACCGACCGUUUCAACAGCGUCAACGACAUCGGGUGGUAUGGCAGCGCCUACUUCCUGACGAGCACCUCCCUCCAGCCCAGCUUCGGCCGCAUCUACAAGGUCUUCCAGAUCAAAUGGGUCUUUCUCGGCGCUAUCAGCGUCUUCGAGCUAGGUUCCUUGAUCUGUGCUGUCGCCCCAUCCAGUACUGCCCUCAUUGUUGGGAGGGCUAUUGCAGGCAUCGGCGUAGGCGGAAUCUUCUCGGGAUCCUUGGUGAUUAUUGCUCAUUCUCUCCCAUUGAUCCGCCGACCCCUGGUUUUUGGACUGUUUGGUGCCAUGUGGGGAUUGGCCAGUGUUGCUGGGCCUUUGCUCGGAGGCGUCUUCACAGACAAGGUCUCCUGGAGAUGGUGCUUCUACAUCAACCUCCCGAUCGGUGGCGUCUCCAUCCUCGUCGUCCUGCUGGUGCUCCAUAUCCCUCAAGACCCUAAACUCUCCGAGAAGCCGAUCCUCAAGCGCAUUCUCGAGCUCGACCUCAUAGGAGCGGGAAUCCUCAUUCCAGGCAUCAUCUGUCUGUUGCUGGCAGUCCAGUGGGGAGGUUCCACUUACGCAUGGAACAGUUCUCGGAUCAUUGGACUUUUUGUCGGUGCAGGCUUGCUUCUGAUCCUGUUUGGCAUCUCCCAGUGGUGGCUCGGAGAAGCAGCUACUAUACCGCCACGACUCUUAACCCAGCGAACCCUGAUUGCUUCCUGCGGCUACGUGUUUAGUUUCGGUGGAGCCGUGUUUCUCCUUAUAUACUACCUGCCCUUGUACUUACAAAGUGUCAAGGGAUCCUCGCCCACCCGCUCCGGUAUCCAGAUCCUACCAUUGAUGCUCUCCACCGUUCUCACCUCGAUCCUCGGCGGCAUCCUCGUCACCAUCAUUGGCUAUUACACGCCGCUGCUCAUCGGGGCGAGUGCGCUCAUGACAAUCGGAUAUGGCCUGAUCAGCACCUGGACCAUCGACUCGCCGUUCCGCGAAUGGUUCGGCUACCAGAUCUGCGCGGGUCUUGGAGCAGGCUUUGGAUUCAAUCUCCCCCUUGUGGCGGUGCAGACUGCCCUACCCAUGAAGGAUAUUCCCCAAGGAACUGUGCUGCUUAUGUUUUGCCAGUCGCUCGGCGGCGCACUCUUCAUCGCUGUUGGGCAGUCUGUGUUCUCGAACGGUCUGGUCAGCGGCACUGCCAAGUACGCACCAGAUAUCGAUCCACAGUUCCUCAUCAACACGGGUGCGACUGCGAUUCGCAGCCAACUGGCAAAGAUUGGGAAAGAAGACGAACUGCGCCAAGUGAUUGAAGCCUACGUAUACGCCUUGAAGGACUGCUACCGGGUCGCCAUCGCCAUGGGUGGCAUGGCGUUCAUCGCGGCAUGCUUUCUCGAGUGGAAGAACGUGAAGAAAGCGAAACAGCCCGGCACGGAGGCCAUACCGGCUAUGGGAUAG